CUACAUCUCCCAGAGUGCAAGGCUGCCACACUCCACUCCGCCCUCUCUGCGUUUCCCAGACGACCCUGCGCGGGCCGCCUACGCAUGCGCUGCAUGAAGUUAGUUUUGUCAGGGUUCGCGUGUUUGGACCGUCGUAUUCUGACUCAGCAAAGUCAAAUUAACAAUUGCAAACUGCGUGUUCUUGCGACCCUUUAUAGAGGGCUGUGUAAACUGAAAAUUCCCUGGUCUGUGUCUCUGCCCUCCCUUCUGGGCAAAUGACGUAACCUUUGCAUUUCACGUUCUCUCUAAAAAAAGGGACAGAAAGUAGCGUGCACAACGAAGGAGUCUGCACGUAGGAUGGAAGGAAGCAGCCACAAUAGCAACACGGAGUUACAAACCCCGCGCGCUCGGAAAUCUCUAGAAGUCUCUGGUAGAGCCGACGGAAAGGCGCUUCUGCGCACGCGUGUCGGGGAGGGCACCGACGUCGGGUGGGCGUGGCGGGGGCGGUGCUCUUUACCUUCCUCGGGUCGCACCGCCCACACGUUCCGCCCGGGUCUCCAUGGCGACCAGACGCGGUCGGCUUCUGCAGCAGCAAUGGCUCGGCCUCCAGGCCCUGCGCCUGCCCCUCGGGGGCGUCGGCGCGGCCCCGGGGAGCGACAGGUUCAGGAGGGGGCCAGACGCCCGGGCCGCUGCCUUCCGUACGCCCGGGAAGCAGCCCGCCCCGGGUGACGGGCCCUGGGGGAGGCCCUGCCCGCACUGCCCCGCGUGGCUGGACAGCAUGCCUGCAGAAAUCUUGCUGAAGAUCCUGUCCUACUUGGAUGCGGCCGCCCUGCUGUGCGUGGGAUGCGUGAACAGGCGCCUCUAUCACCUGGCCAACGACAAUGUUGUUUGGAUCAGGAUCUACUCAUCUGCCUUUUCCCCUAAAAGAUACAACUGGAGCGCCGACCCGGGGCGGAAGGCGGCGGAGUCCGUGAGCCUGCUGUCCGUGGAGGACAGGGAAGCCGGCUACUGGAAGAGACAGUGCAUCGCCAAGCGCAUGGCCUCCCUGAGGGCGGCUCUGGCGCAGGUCCUGAAACCCGUCAACCUGUACACGGGCCUCCCCGAGAAAACCAAGGAGGCCCUCAGGGUGUCCGGCGUGGGCUGGGUGGUCGUCCUGCGCGAGACGAGCGGCAGGGAGCACGUCCUGGAGCACGCGGACCUCUUCCUCAACGACUCCUCCGUCACGGUCGCCUGGCACGGCAAGGCCUGGCCCCCUCUGGCCGCGCUGGCCGCCCUGGACCUGUGCGGCGUGGUGCCGGUGUUCGCCGACUGGCCCAAGCCCCCCGCCAAGCACGGGCCUCGGUGGCGCUCCCUGGUGGCCAGGUACAGUCUGCGCGACGUGACGGACUCGGCCGUGCUCGGCUGCGACCGCUUCGUCCGGCUCUUCCGCCUGGACCCGGGGCUGCUGGUGGGGCUGUGGAAGAGGGAGGAGGAGCUGGCUUUUGUCAUGGCGAACCUUCACGUCAGCCACCUCGUGGAGCGGAGCGUGCUGGGCUCGGCCACCGUCCCCUACGAGCCGCCCCCUCCCGGCGCCCGCUCGGACGACAGCCCCGAGUGCGGACUGCGCGGCUACCAGCUGCACGUGGACCUGCACAGUGGGGGCGCCUUCUGCCUGUGCAGCACGUUCUGCAACCUCUUCGCCGACACAGGAGGCAUGGGACACGGGUACGUGACACUCGUGGUGAUACGUGUUCAGAACAGCGUGGAGCACCUGCCGCUCAUCGGGGAGGUCGGCCUCUGCUGGAGGACCGGGGCCGCCGACGGCUGCGUCCAGAGUUGUUCUAUAAUGGACGUAACUCUUUUGGAUGAAUAUGGGAAACCCUUUUGGUGUUUCAGUUCCCCGGUGUGCAUGCGAGCGUGCCCCGGCCCCUGUGACAGCGCCCGCGUCGCGGGGCAGACGUCCUGCAUCGACUACGAGGACGCGGCGGGAGCGGUGCACAUGGAGCUGGUGCGGAUCCGGGAGACGGGGGAGUUCUUCGUCGUCAGCCUGGAGCUCCGCCUCAGCCUGGCCAGGAUAAACCGCUGGUUCGGGACGCGGUACUGACCGCUGGCCGUGGGUGGUUGAACGGAUAUGUGUUUUAUUUUGAAUCAACCAGAUCUGCUCUUGGUGUUGGAAGUUAAAAUAAAACAGUGGUUUGC